GGCUUGGCCUUGCCAUCUGACCCUGCCUUAGUACAAUACUGGCUCCCCACUACGAAAUCAACAGAAUUCUAGGCCCCCGAACUCUGCACAGACGCCACCUCCUUGCCUCGCCCCGCCCUACCCGGACUGAGUCCUCCGCACCCAUAGGCAGAGGCGACCCUCCCACCUCCCCGCCUGCUCCGCUCUCGCCCCGCCUUGGCUCACUUUAAAAGUUUACUCAGGUCGGGACGCGGGGCGAAGUGAACCAUGGUUGUCUACAUCGGGAUGCUGCGCCUCGGAAGGCUGUGCGCCGGGAGCCCGGGAGUGCUGGGGGCCCGGGCUGUUCUCUCUCGGAGUUGGCAGGAAGCGAGUUUGCAGGGUGUCCGCCUGCUCAGUUCCAAAGAGGAGAAUCGCAGUGCCCCUCUGCCCAUCGGAGGCCUCAGCUACAUUCAGGGCCGCACCAGAAUGCGCCUCAUCAGCAAGACCGUGGGCCGGUGCCUGGAUGCCACAGCACAGAGGGUUCCAGACAAAGACGCCUUGAUCGUUCUCCAGGAAAACGUCAGGCUGACUUUUGCCCAGCUCAAAGAAGAGGUGGAUAAAGCUGCAGCUGGCCUCCUGAGCAUUGGCCUCUGCAGGGGUGACCGGCUGGGCAUGUGGGGCCCCAACUCCUACGCAUGGGUGCUCAUGCAGCUGGCCACCGCCCAGGCUGGCAUCAUUCUGGUGUCUGUGAACCCAGCCUACCAGGCCAUGGAACUGGAGUACGUCCUCAGGAAGGUGGGCUGCAAAGCCCUGGUGUUCCCCAAGCAGUUCAGGACCCAGCAAUACUACAACAUCCUGAAGCAGAUCUGUCCAGAGCUGGAGCAGGCCCAGCCGGGGGCUUUGAAGAGUCAGAGGCUCCCGGAUCUGACCACAGUGAUCUCGGUGGACGACCCUUUGCCGGGGACCCUGCUCCUGGAUGAAGUAGUGGCCGCUGGCAGCACAGAGCAGCAGCUGGCCCAGCUCCGCUACACCCAGCAGUUCCUGUCCUGCCACGACCCCAUCAACAUCCAGUUCACCUCGGGGACGACAGGCAGCCCCAAGGGGGCCACGCUUUCCCAUUACAACAUUGUCAACAACUCCAACAUGAUAGGGGAGCGCCUGAGACUGGGCAAAAAGAAACCAGAGGAGUCACGUGUGAUCCUGCCCAGCCCUCUGUACCACUGCCUGGGCUCCGUGGGGGGCACGAUGGUGUGCGUGAUGCACGGUGCCACCCUCAUCCUGUCUUCUCCAAUCUUCGAUGGCAAGAAGGCACUGGAGGCCGUCAGCAAAGAGAGAGGCUCCUUCCUGUAUGGCACCCCCACCAUGUUCGUGGACAUUCUGAACCAGCCAGACUUCUCCAGUUACGACAUCUCGACCAUGUGUGGAGGUGUGAUUGCUGGGUCCCCUGCACCCCCAGAGCUGAUCCGAGCCAUCAUCAACAAGUUGAAUAUGAGGGAUCUGGUGGUUGCUUAUGGAACUACAGAGAACAGUCCUGUGACCUUCAUGAGCUUCCCUGAAGACACGGUGGAGCAGAAGGCAGAGAGUGUGGGCAGAAUCAUGCCUCACACGGAGGCUAAGAUCGUGAAUGUGGAGGACGGGAAGCUGCUAGAGCUGAACACACCUGGAGAGCUGUGCAUCCGAGGGUACUGCGUCAUGCUGGGCUACUGGGGCGAGCCUGAGAAGACCCAGGAAGCCGUCGGUCAGGACAAGUGGUACUGGACAGGAGACAUCGCCACGAUGGACGAGCAGGGCUUCUGCAAGAUUGUGGGCCGCUCCAAGGACAUGAUCAUCCGGGGCGGUGAGAACAUCUACCCUGCAGAGCUCGAGGACUUCUUUCACACACACCCGCAGGUGCAGGAAGUGCAGGUGGUGGGAGUGAAGGAUGACCGGAUGGGAGAAGAGAUUUGUGCCUGCAUUCGGCUGAAGAGUGGAGAGGAGACUACGGCCGAGGAGAUCAAAGCUUUCUGCAAGGGGAAGAUCUCUCACUUCAAGAUUCCUCGCUACGUCGUGUUUGUCACAAACUACCCCCUCACCAUCUCAGGAAAGGUCCAGAAAUUCAAACUUCGGGAGCAGAUGGAGCGACAUCUAAAUCUGUGAAUAAAGGGGGAGGGCGGCCCUCUGCGGCCCACCUCCUGCCUCUCCCACAUUCCCUUUGUCUGUCUUUGUGAUUGGGCAUAAACUCUGUUUUCUUUGGCUGGUCUCUUGCUGAUGUGUUCCAUUGGCAGCUACUAUGGGAUGGAGGAGGAAGAAAACAA